AUGAUAUAAGAAUUUAUUCUGUGCAUUUUAUCUUCAAUUAAAAUUAUUCCAAAAAUACAAAUCUUUUCUUACUUUUCUAUCCUGAAUCCAACCUUAUACAUAUACAUAACACACGAGAGAGCAGUUGCGUUCUUUCCAAUACUGUUAUGUCAUGUGUGAAAACCACCGACUCUCCACCGACGCUGCUGCAAGAUCUACUACCCUCAUCAAGCCAGUGCACGACUGCACGUAUAUAUUCGAAGUGGGUAUGUAGUAUAAUAUCCCGAUUAUUUUCAUCCUUGAAAACCGAGCUUUUGAUAGUCGCCGACAAUCUCGUAAUCAGCUUGCUGGCGAUGCAAUUAACUUUCACCGUUAACCCAAAGUUUUCAAAUCCUAGUACCAAAAAACGACGACAGUCGCAACCAAACCCAUUGAUUCAUCAAGAAACACACUCACUUAUCGCACCUUUUACACACAUUUGAUCGAUUUGAACGGUUUACAAAUACAAUACUGCAAUAUUAUCAGAACAUAAAGCUUAAUUGGUGAAAUUAGGACUUCCAACACAGGAUUUUGUAAACAAAAACUUGAUCUGACGAAUUUACACUAUGGUUCAUGGAAACUGAGACGGAAAGAAUGCAGAAGGAAAGAACUAUUGGUUUGACUAACAUUCAAGGUUUUACCGUAAUAUCUGAAUUAAUAAUAUAAAAUCAAUUUCAGUAGAAAUACAUAUAAAAUUAUGUAUGUUCAAGCCCCAUUUGGAUCGACUGUCCAAGCCAAGCCCAUUCUUAGGGUUUGGUCCAUUUGGUACGUGUAGACUUUUAUAUAUAAGGUCAUUGAAUUUAUUUUUCUUUCUCAUGUGAUUACUCCCAUAAGUUCCAUUAUAGAUUCAAAAGGAAGCCAUUUAUUAUUAGUCGGCUGUUGUGAAUUCGUUCUCACUGUUCUCGUACAUUUAGGUCGAUAUGAGAAGACUGAACAAGAAUUCAGGUGAUCCACCCAAGUAUUCGGAUCUUGGAGGCGACGAUGUAUCUCGUGAUCAACAGACCAGAUUUGGGUUGACUCCUUUGAAGUUAAUGGGGGGUUUAGUUGUUUGUUUAAUGGUUCUUUCGGUUUUGUUUUCAAUUUCUGUCAUUUUCAGAGAUUCUACUCUAAAUAGCAUCUGGGCAGUUGCUGAUGCUAGGGUUCUUGAUAUGGCCCCUACCAAAGAUUUAGAUGAGGAAGAUGUUCCAUUGGAGUCAUUUGUGCAGCACAAGAAGAAGCUGCAUUCUUCAGGUUUGGAGCAUGAUGACAGGUUACUUGGUGGCCUUCUUUCUAGUCAAUUUGAUGAUGAUUCUUGCCUCAGUAGGUACCAAGCAGCAUCAUAUCGUAAAGAAUCACCAUACAGACCUUCUUCAUAUCUCACUUCUAGGUUACGGAGAUACGAAGCCCUUCACAAGCGUUGUGGACCCUAUACAGAGCCCUACAACAGAACCGUAGCAAACCUAAGGUCUGGUAAGAAGACAGAAGAAGACUCGGAUUGUAAUUAUCUGGUCUGGGUAUCGUUCAGUGGUCUAGGAAACAGAAUUCUGACUUUGGCAUCGGCUUUUCUCUACGCCCUUCUCACAGACCGUGUCCUACUUAUUGAUCGUGGAGUUGACAUGCCUGAUCUCUUUUGCGAACCUUUUCCUGAAGUUUCAUGGUUACUUCCUCUGGAUUUCCCUAUCACUGAUCAAUUCAACAGCUUCAAUCAGGAAUCCGCAGAGUGUUUCGGUAAUAUGUUAAAGCUUUCAACCAAUUCAUCAUCAUCGUUGUCACCGUAUGUUUAUCUUCAUCUGGUUCAUGAUUACAAUGAUCAUGAUAAGCUCUUCUUCUGUGAUCAAGAUCAAAGCUUUCUUCAAAAGGUUCCUUGGGUAAUCAUGAAAUCUGAUAAUUACUUCAUUCCAUCACUUUUCUUGAUGCCAUCGUUCGAACAAGAACUACUUGCGCUAUUCCCAGAAAAACAAACAGUUUUCCACUUCUUAGGCAGGUAUCUAUUCUUCCCUACGAAUCCCAUUUGGGGUCUUAUAACGAGAUACUAUGAAGCUUAUCUAGCGCAAGCAGAUGAAAGAAUUGGCAUCCAGGUCAGGGUUUUUGAUACCAGGGUUGGUCCAUUUGAGUAUGUACUAGAUCAAAUACUAGCUUGUUCUUUAGACAACAGCCUGCUUCCAGAAAUCAAUCCGAACAAAUCUUUCGUCACCUACCCAGGAAACCAGAAGUCAAAAGCUGUUCUUUUGACAUCUUUAAGCUCAGGGUAUUUUGAGAAAAUAAGAGACAUGUACUGGGAACAUCCAACAGUAACUGGAGAAGUGAUUGAGGUAUUUCAACCAAGCCAUGAAGGGUAUCAACAGACUGAAAAGAAGAUGCAUCACAGGAAAGCAUGGGCAGAAAUAUACCUAUUGAGUCUAACAGAUAAGCUGAUCACUAGUUCAUGGUCAACUUUCGGCUAUGUGGCUCAAAGUCUUGGAGGAUUGAAGCCAUGGAUCUUGUACAAACCCGAGAAUGAAACAACCCCAAAUCCAGCUUGCACUCGUGCCAUGUCAAUUGAGCCUUGCUUCCAUGCUCCACCCUUUUUUGAUUGCAGAAAGAGAACUGGAACUGAUACUGGUGCAGUAGUACCUCAUGUUCGACACUGUGAGGACAUGGGCUGGGGUCUGAAGCUAGUUAAUCCAGCCAUUAACAGCAUCGCCUAGUACCACUUCUACAGGUUUUUUGGCAAAUCUUUGUUGAUGUAUGUUCUAGUAAUUAUGAAAUUAGAUUCAUUGAUUUGGUCCCCAUCUAGAUGUAAUGUUAUUGCCAAUCAAAUAGCUAGAACUAUCAUCCUGUUGUAGGGCAUGUUCCAGCCUUCCAGGUACAAUAUGCAAUGAAAUUCAAAUAGCUCUUGGGCUGGUCCUAACCGGUCCUGUAGUCCAAAGCUUUUUGUUCAGCCAUAAUGGGCUGUGUAGCCAAGACAAACUGCCAAAUUUCUACUUCA